AUGGAGCCUCUGUCAGCGGCGGUAACAGUACUGGAGGUUGCUGGCGCAAUUACAUCCGUGAUAAGCGCUGCCACGGCAUUCAUGCGAGAUAUUCGAGGGGCUCGACAAGAAAUCAUCGCUGUCAAAAAGGAACUAACAUCACUCAAAGGUGUGCUUGAGAUACUCGCGGAUGACUUUCACGAUGCCGAUAAGAUCAAGCUCCCACACAGCGUGCUUGAGCGAAUUGUCGAUGUGGCCGCAGACUGCCAGAAUGUCGUGAAUCAGAUUGGCGGGUUGUUGAAGGAAGGUUCGCGUGUCAGUUGGGCUCUGUCGGGAAAAGAGGAGAUGGAAAGCUUGCGAGAAGAUCUGGAAAGACACAAAGCCACCCUCAGUGUAACACUGGAUUUGGUAUCUGUCAUCAUCAUCAAAGACAUCAAAGACGACACAGAGCACAUUCUCCAAGACACCUCGGCCAUCAAAGGAAACACAGCACAGAUACACACAGACAUCGACCGUGUUCUGCAGGGAAUUUCUCAGAUUCAACUCCAGUUGAAUGCGCCGGAGACAGGGCCAAGACCAUCAAAUUAUGUUCUCGGCCGGUUUCUCGCCGACCUGAGGACCGACGCGGAGACCAUCCUUGGAGAUGCAGAGUAUCUUGAUGACAGGACAGAACAGUAUCAUGGGUAUCUGCACAGCCAGGAAGGAUAUGACUUCAGAUCACCCCCAGAGCCAACACCUGCCCCCAUCACCUUGAGAGACACAGAAGGGAGACGUUGUUUGGUCCCAUUUCGUGCUUGCAGAACCUGGCUGGAAAUGUCGAAGGCAAUAGAACAAUUGUAUGGCCAUCUUCCUCAGAAUGACCAGGUCCGGGCUGGAAAUUACGAAGUCUUCGGUCCUAGUGGAGAGAUAAUCCUGCCAGCAUUUUGGGAAAGCUUCGUUUUACCAGGUUGGGAAGUGAUGCUGAAGCUACGCCAAGUCAAGAUGGCCAACCAGUCCCUCAAAGCAGAAGCGACAAUUGUUGAUGAAACUAAACCUCAGUCAGAAGGCUCCCAAAAAGAAGGACAACUAAAAAAGGCUGGCUCAACGACAAGGCCAGACAGCGGCAAAGAAAUGCUUGGAAGGGUUCUCAAACCGCGGACUGGGACUAAAGACAACAAGGAAAGUGACAAGGAGAAGGACAAAAGGAAAGAAAAACACACGGAAUUCAACCGGAUCCCGGUGAGAGGCUUGUUUGAUCAGCGGAAGAAGGAGAUUAGACAUGCUUCGACCAAAGACAAGAUUGCUCCGCCAGUGAGCACAAAGGCGCAGUCUCCCAGUCAACAGGCUCAGAGUCAGCCUCGAGAAGAGGUGACAGCUGAGGCUUCCGAAUUGCGCCAGAGCUACCCCCCAUUGCAACCUGAAAUACUGCAGCCAGUCACAGCUCCGACGCCUACUCAGGCGGUGUUUCGGCAGCUUCAGAUUGCUCGCCAUUCUCUGCCAACCCCCACUCUCACUCCAGCCCCAAUCAUUUCACCCUUCUACUACUUUCGGGCCACUCCAUCGCACCCAGCUUCUACCCUCUCCGCCUUUCACCCACAAAGCUCUGCCUCCCACACAAACAUUCCUCCAACCACCACUGACGAGUCACAACCAUCAUGGGCCACCCGCGCCCAAUCUCCUGCGAGCAAAUCGGCGACCUCACUUACUACGAAGAAAUCGAGCGAUUCCAGCGUCGAAGCGAAAGCCAACGAGACCACCUCGAGACCGAGAGACAAGAACAACGCCGGCGCGAAGAACGUGAAGAACACCGCCGCGCCCACCAGGCUCGCCAGGAACAACGUCACGCCGCCCAGCAAGCCCGCCGGGAACAACGUCGCGCCGCCAGGCAGCUGCGAGAGCAAGAAGGAGAACAAGAAGCCCAGCCGGCUCCUACCAUCCGGAGGCUCCCGCCACGGCACCAAGACGUCGAAGCCCAACAGCAGCAGAGUCGAGGACAAGUGA